AUGGGUCUGGGGACGGCCUCCUGGACGCGCGGGAGUUCCAGGCCACCAUGCAAGAGCCGGACGUGCAGACGUGGAUGCAACACCCGAUCCAUGGACCUGGACGUGGAGGACGCACUGGUGGUCUUCGAGCUGGUGGAUGCUGACAGCGACGGGAGGCUUACCGCGGAGGAGCUGGUCGCGGGGGUGUCGCGGCUCAUGGGAGACGCGCGAAAUUUGGACUUGGUGGUCCUCAUGCGGGAGCAGCGGGAAGUCAUGCGCAUGAUCGAAUGCGACGUGAUCCCGCAGCUACACCGCAUCCUCGGGGGCUCCGCGAAGUGCCCCACGGGUGGUUCGCCGAGGCGUCACGCCCGCCUCGCCGGGAAGUUCUUGAAGGGCAUAAUGAGCAGGCCCACUGAAACAGGCAGCAGAAGUGGUACCGUUUUUGAGAGGCAGGAUGAGCAGGCCGCAGACGGAAGCGGACAUCUCGAGUGA